ACAAUCCCUAAUGCUAAUAAGAGCGUGACAGUUAACUUUGCCAGACAUUUAUUAACCUCGUCUAGAACCUGAUAUUUCCCAAAUGUACUUCCGUUCAUUAAGCCGAACUCAGCAGCUAUAACAGCCUUAGGGACUGAGUUGUAGCGUUAUUCGACUGAAUAGCGCUACCAGGUGGUCUGAGCGAGUUUGCAUAAUAUUUUGCCAACAUACUACACUCAAAGUGCGACUCGACUAGCCGUGUCAAUUUGAGGUCCGGCAGAUAGAGGUGUAAAUUGAAUCUUUUUGAGCGCUGAUGUCCCAGAUAUAAUAAACUUUUGUUCAAGUCGGUUUCCGGUAACAUCAUUAACCCGUGGUAGAAAGUGUUUGGUCAAAGCCAUUGUAAAGUGAAGGAGAGCAAGACUCGUGGGUGACCGGGGCAGUAAAAUCACAGCUAGUAGAGUCGCAGCAUCUCACGAGAGUCAAAAACAAUGUGCGGAGCCCUAGGCCUAUUACGUUUUGCCUUUCUACUCAAGUUUGUGUUAGAAUGCCGUGGAUUUCGCCUCGUGGCAAAGUUGGAGCCGAUAACUGUGGAACUGGGGCGAUCUGUGUUCUUGGAUCCAGUGCGCGAUCUGAAAAUCACGUUCCCUGAAGGAGCCACAUGUAAGGUUGAAGUUUUAAGAACUGACCCCUUAUCGCAAAGAGUGGGGUUUCUCUCGCCAGACACCUUUCCAUGCGAUUUCUCUCUUGGCGAGGUGCAAUAUUCACACUUGGGGUCCAUGUUUUUCAUGCAAGACUUUGUUAAACUACAAAUCCGCGCGGACGCCGACACACAAACUCGUUUAAUCCCACUCAAUCUUCGCGUGACGGUUUCGUUCACAGACAUGGAAAUCGUCAAGAAAAAUCUUCCCAUCAAAGUGUUUGAACUCGGGGGCAUUUCCACAGGCAUAAACAACGACGUGCUCGAGUUCAAAGACGACGUAACCAAAACAUGCUCCGUUACCAUUCUGAACUUCAACAACGGAGGAGUAAAUUCGCGAUACGGAGAACUUGUUAAUGUUACAAGGGACCAAGGGAAAACGGCCAGCUUUGAAUGUAGCGAUUUCUUACGAUCCAAUAUUCGCUAUCAACACAAAAAGCUUUCAUCUUCUAAUCGCGAUUUUAUUCCACUGGUAGUAGAGCUUAUCGAUGAAAAUACUCAUCGAAUCGAGAGGGAAUACUUUCAAAUAAUCGUGCGUAUAAUGGAGGCACGAUCGAACCAAAGACCAGUGGCUUCUUUUGAAGCUUCUCAUACCGUGGAAGUCAAUCAAUACACGCUUGCCCCGAUAACUUCUGAUAUCCUCGCUGCCUCUGACGCGGAAACCGAUGCUCGUGAGAUAAUUUUUAAUAUCACUCAAGCGUUACAAUCAGGCGAAGGUUCGCUGGUAAACACCGAUGACCCUUAUCACUCGCUGACAGCUUUCUAUCAGAGAGAUGUCGAACAGUUUAAGAUCGCUUAUAGGCCUCCUACCGCUCAAUCAUCGGAGCUGCGCAUGUUUCAGGUCAGAUUAGAGGCUGUGGACACUGAGGGCGCGAAAUCUGAACAGAUUCUUCUCUUGAUUAUGGUAAAACCGACUAAUAAUCAAGCACCUAUUGUUACGAAAAACGCUGGUCUUAGCUUAUUUGAAGGUCAAUCACGGGCUAUCACAGAAAAAUUCAAUCUGGCUAUCUCCGAUAAAGAUAACUUUGAUGACGUUCGGCUGCAAGUGAUUGGCGGCUUGAGGCAUGGCGAGCUUCGAAUAAUUGGAUACAAAGUAAAUCAGUUUAUGGCAACAGAUUUGGAAAUACCCGUCAUAACUUAUCACCAUGAUGGUUCAGAUACUUACAGUGACAAUAUUAUCUUCCGACUCACCGAUACUCAACACGACGUAAAGUUCCUGUUCCCAAUAACUAUUGGCCCCGUGGAUGACACUGCUCCAACACUGGUACACAAUACUGGGCUGACAUUGGACGAAGGGGAUCUAGCAUUGAUAGACCAGUACAUGUUGAGUGCCACAGACAUCGACUCCGAGGACAGUAAAAUAAAAUUCAAACUCAUAAGCCAUCCAAACUUCCAAGAGAAUGCGGAUAAUUCAUUAUUUGAAGAGACCAGCAUCGGUGUUUUGUGCCUGCGAACCAAAACUCCACCCGAAAGAGGCGAAAACUGGGUUCUUCUGGAGGACGGCGUUUAUGAAACAAAUGUUACUCAGUUUUCUCAGGACGAUAUCAACAAUAGACGCCUUUACUAUCGGCACCUUGGAGGAGAAUAUUUCAGUGAUGAAGUCGCUUUUGUAAUGUUUGAUGAAGCUGAUGAUCCAAACGUUUCUCCGAUAAAAACUUUUCAGGUCACAAUUCGACGAGUCGAUGACUUACCUCCAUUUCUGUUCCCUGGAUGUCCCUUGGAAUUAAUCGCUGACGAGAAGGGACUGGAGGCGCUAAGCGAAGAUGUACUGCACUACACAGACAAAGAUUCUAAUGAUGACGAACUUCUAUUUUUCAUUACAAAGGAACCUAGCUUUAUUGACGAUGGUCUGAACAGAAGUGAAUCAGCUGGGGAAAUUCUCCUUUCAAAUACGAAAGCAAAAGUGUUGAGAUUCAACCAGCUCCAGCUGCGGCACAAAAAAAUCAUUUUCAAAUCUCCUGACUUGGAACUUGGUACCAAACCUAGAUACGUGCAGUUUGAGUUUUCAGUAUCAGAUUUGUCGGGUAAUACGGUUAGAAAUCAGGCCUUCCGUGUUAUUUUGACGCCGGUUAAUAACCAAGGGCCUCGCGUGGUAGUGAAACCUUUAGAGGUAGACGAACUAAACCAGGCGAUUCUGGGGAGUGCACAUUUGACUGCGUUUGAUGAGGACACACCCAAACAUGAACUGACCCUCACUCUGGUUUCUCCCCCACGGUAUGGCUUCCUCAUCAAAAAUGACCUCGAGUUGCAGUAUCUGGACACUUUUAGCGUCCAGGAUGUUGCAGCGUCCCAAGUUUGGUACCGUCACGCGACUAAAGGCGAGGCGAGUGACGAGGUUGGAUUGACAGUUGACGAUGGAAUACAAAGGCAAAACUUCCUUUUAGAAAUAGUUAUCAUUCCUGAGCGCAAGAAUGUGACUUGUCAUGUGUACAAUAUGACAGUGACUGUAAAGGAAAAUUCACGGGAGGCUAUCAAAAUUCACUCUUCUUCUCAAAGUCCCCGCGACACGGAGAUUAUACUUCGCAUCGCUAGCCCACCCCGGGUAGGGCGAAUUUUACGCGAUGGAAAGGUGAGCUACGAGUUUAGUGUCCAGGACUUGGAAGCUGGGGUUGUCUAUUACGAGCACAUUGGAAGAGAGACUGGACUCCAAGGAGAUGUGGAUCAUUUUAAUAUGACGUUGUUGAAUGACACAGAGACCUGGAUUCGAGAGGGAAGAAGAUAUGAAGCAGUGACUGUGGUCACAAAGAUUCUACCAGUGGACAGUCAGCCGCCCGCAGUGAGUAGAAACGAACCACUUGUUGUGCUUGAAGGUGGAGAAACCAAACUCACGUCACGCCAUUUGACUAUCGUCGAUCCCGAUACGCGUGACAGUGACGUCACUUGCACCAUUGAUAUACAACCCACAGUGGGUUUCUUGGAAAAUGUCACGCCAUCUCGGGGAUCAGAGAUCAGCAACGCGGGAAAACGUGUUACCUCUUUUACUAUUGACGAGAUACGAGCUGGACGCAUCAGCUACGUGCAAGACAAGUAUGAGAACAGCGAGCCAACCAUGGAUUGGGCGGCUUUUUCGUGUUCUGAUGGUAAUAACACAUCACCGCGUUACUUGCUGAAUAUCGAUAUCAUCCCGCAAAAUGAUGAAAUACCGCAGAUAUUCAUCCGAGAAUUUAAGGUGGAUGAAGGUGAUGAGAUGAUCAUUGACGUAGCUGUCCUGAACGCAGUCGACACUGACGAACCUCUGGAUGAGUUGGUUUUCUUCGUUGUCACGCCGCCAAGUCACGGCAUGAUCACGGACACACGGAGGGGCGCUGUGGCACCAGUGCCCAGGUUCUCCCUGACGCAAAUUAAAAAAUCGACCUCUAUAGUGUACCAACAUGAUGGAAGCGAGAGUACUCAGGAUUCUUUCGUUGUGAGCGUCACGGAUGGCAAAUAUAACACAACGCGUUCAAUUCCUGUUAUUAUCACUCCUAUUGAUGACGAGGAACCCACAUUGUCAGUGAAUAUUGGACUACAGAUCGAGUUUGUUGGCGAAAGCAGACCAAUCACGCCAAACAACCUCAGAGCCACAGAUAUAGAUUCCUCAGAUGAGAACAUCACAUUUAUAGUACGCAGUCCCCCGCGGUCGGGAUAUCUGAGGCUUAUAAACCUUAAUGGGUCUGUUCAAAACUUAGGUCGGUGGCAAAGGUUUACUCAAAGAGACAUUGAAGAAAGACGUUUAGUUUACUCUCAGGAUCCUCAUAUCCCAAGCGAGAGAGAUCAGAUAAAAUUUGACAUUUCUGAUGGUAAAAACACACGAUUAAAUCAAAUAUUUUACGUGCAAAUCAGCGCUGGCGAUAGAAUUCACCCAACUGUAAUUAAUAAAGGAGUGCAGUUGACCCAAGACUCUCGCGUUAUUAUCUCGACAAACUUCCUCAGUGCCAGCGAUACGGGAAGUCCCAAUGAAAAACUACGGUUUUUACUGAAAAAGCAGCCAUUAAAGGGUCACUUGGAGCACUUGGACUUUCCCGGACUGCGACUUAAUUCCUUCACCCAACUUGAUUUGGCGGGAAAUAAAAUUGUCUAUGUACACACGAGUACCGACGAAGCUAAAGCGGACAGUUUUGAUUUUGAAGUUUCUGAUGGCACUAAUGGCGUGGUUCGCACAUUUUUGGUGACGCUGUUAAACAUCGACAACAAAAAACCAGUUCUAAUCCAUCGGAAACUUGUGGUCAAUGAAGGUGAGAGUAUACUGAUUACACCUUUCGAGCUGCGCGCGGACGAUCAAGACACGCCUCCCGCGAAUCUCGUAUACACAGUCACGCGCGUACCUUUACACGGCUGGCUACUUAACCGCGGGAUUCCUACGCACGUAUUCACGCAAGAAGAUAUCAACCUUAAUCGAAUUUCCUAUGCUCACGAUGGUACAGACGUGGUCAAAGACAGCUUUAAAAUCACGAUAAGCGACGGAAUUCAUAACAAAUUUUACAUGUUUCCAGACACCGAGAAUGUGGUUCGUGAGCCCCGGGAAAUUCAAGUGUUUGUUGUUCCCGUGGACAACAGAAUUCCACAACUGGUUAUUAACAGAGCGGCCACCAAUCUUGAAAACUUACCGGGCAACAAAAUUGGGCUGGUUAUAAGGAGCGCUUCGUUACGCGUGGCGGACCUGGACAGUGAUAAUUCUGAGCUUCUGUACAUUGUCACAGCUCAACCAUCAAACGGAGAUCUUGUGGCACAAGGGAAUUACCAUAGCAACGGCAGCAUCACAAACUUCACUCAGUCCGACAUUGACGCCGGAAACAUUUCGUAUGUCUUACAUGAAGGUUGUAACGCCACAAAUGACGGUUUCAACUUUGACGUUUCUGAUCCUGCCGGGAAUGUCCUGCGCUUUCAGCGAUUUUCUCUUACUUGGGCGUGGGUUUCAUUUGAACGUCAAAAAUACCACGUUAGCGAGACAGAAGGAACCAUAAGCAUUGGGAUCAUCAGGAAGGGUUUUCUAGGGGACCCGUCCUUUAUUCGCAUGGCUAUAAAGGGUCUUACAGCUACUCGAGGCCAGGAUUUCUCCUUGGUUAGCCCUGCGCACGUUCAUUUUAGCCCUGGUCAGAGGAAAGCGGAGUGGAAGUUGAUCAUUGGGGAUGAUGGGAUUUACGAAGCCAAUGAAACGUUAGAGGUGGAGCUUAGGAGUCCUGAGAUGUGCGUCAUCAGGCAACCUAAGACAGCUCACGUGACCAUCUCAGACCCGGAGGAUGUUCCAUCGGUUGAAGUUGUUCAAAGUCACUUUGUUGUGGAGGAAAGUGUCGGAGAAAUAAGAAUUCCCUUGAGGCGCACAGGAGACACCAGUCAGCGGCUGUAUGUCAGUUGUGUGACUACCUUUUUUGGGGAGGAAGGUUGGGCCACAGGGACGUUACCUACGUCUAUAUUGUCUUACUCCGACUUUAUCACGAGGCCUGACAGCAAACACAGUGUGAUUACUUUUGGAAAGGGUGAUACUGUUAAAUACUGUCCGGUCACCAUUAUUGAUGACUCUCUUUACGAGAACGAGGAAAAAUUUUAUGUGAAGGUGAUCUCCCAUCUUGGCAGCAGAAUAAAUAGUGAAAGGAACAGCAGCAUUAUUGUCAUAGCGCCGGAUGUAAAGGACGAGCCCAAGGUAUUCUUUGAUCGCGGGCGUUACUCUGUGGAUGAAAGUGUCGGCAAGAUUGACGUCAGCCUGAAGAGGACUGGAACUGACCUCUCGAAACCAUCGUCUGUGUUCCUGAGGUCGAGACAAAUGGAUCCAAUCUCCGCUCGAGCUACUGAGGACUACAUCCCCGUUAUCCAGAUGGUUUACUUCCCACCUUUCUCAAAGAUUCAGACAGUACAGGUCACCAUCCGAGACGACCAAGGACUUCCUAAGGUGGAGGGGACGGAGGAAUUUGAACUUGUACUUAGAACGCCUAUCAACGCUGGGCUUGGGCAGGCAAGCGAGACAGUUGUUGCAAUUGACGACUCAAUUUCAGAUUUGCCCACAAUACAAUUCGAAAAGACAACAUAUUUUGCCAAGGAGGAAUCAGGAACGCUAAACGUUGUGCUCAUGCGUAGUGGUGAUCUUUCAUAUACGUCAUCAGUUCGAUGUUACACGCGGUAUCUGACAGCACAGGUGGAACGAGAUUUCAAAGAGAGACCGGACACAGAUAAGUCACUGGUUCUGUUUUACCCAGGGGAGUAUCGGAAGAUUUGUCCCGUGACUAUUGUAAACGAUGUUGUAUUCGAAGGGAAGGAGAUGUUUCGGCUAAGAUUAGGAAGCGUGGACAAGGCAAGCCGGAUAGGAAAGAGGAAUACUUCAAUAAUAAGCAUAUUGGACUCUGCCGAUAAGCCUGUGAUUAAAUUUACCAAGGAGCGUGUAUUUGUCGUAGGCCCUGCUGUAGCUGGAGCGAACAGCGAAGCUUUGAUUCCAGUUAAAAAAACAGGUGACCCCACCGUGCGAUCAAAAGUCAGAGUUUACACCCUUGAUGGAUCAGCAAAGGCUGGUAGAAGUUAUCAACCGAUGACCGAGAUUAUCGAGUUUUCGGGAAACAAGUCAGCUCAUGUGAUAGCUAUCAAAUUACUCUUCGACGCUCAUCGAAAGAUUCGCUCCGCGUUCAGCGUCCAUCUGAGCUCUGACAUGACCGGCGAAAGUAGCCUGGGGCUGAAGAAAGUUAUCGUUUACAUUGAACAGCCGUCUACAAAUCCAACCGUCACGUUUCCGUUGUCGCCUAGAAUUGUGUCAUUGCGUGACUAUGAUGACGUCAGUGGUGCAGGAUCCGAGGUUAUAAUGGGUUAUCCGCUGAUCUGUGUAACGGCCUGUGAUCCAAAACACCCGCGCUAUGCAGAAACUGGCUCCAUCUGCUCCUCACAAAGAAUCAAUAACAGGUUGACGCAAUUCCGUUGGCAAGUUGGUGACCAUUCUAAGGACCUCACCAGUGACUCUUUUUUCGCAAGAACUGACCUCGUGACUUUAGACAGCUCAUACUUAGUCCCAGGUACUCGAGUGCGAUGUGUUGCGCGGGCAGUUAGCGACCGCGGUGAGUUGGGCCUGGAGUCAACUAGCCCUCAAGUGAAUGUAAGCAGAAAAGACGGACUAUGUACACCACAUGACCCUCAUCGCAUGGGUUCCCAGGAGAUUGUGGCGAGUAUUUCUUUCACAGGGAUGACGGAUGAUAAAUAUUCCAACAAAGUCCAUAUCAAAUUAGCCAUUCCUCAUACCGACGGUCUGAUACCAGUUAUAUCUACCAAGAGGUUAAGAAACUUCAAACGGAUCCUUCGUCCAGGUGUGCUGAGACAGGCGCAACACAAAUGUUCUAACCUUUUGGAUGUAAACGAACUGAUCACCAACUUUGGUUUUGUUUCUCCUUCCAUGAAAGAUCGUGAAAGUAUGAUCGAGGGCGAACCUUAUCAAUUUAGUUCCGAAUUAAGAAGUAACAGAACAAUACGCUUUUAUAGGAAUCUCGAUCUGGAGUCUUGUGUUUGGACUUUUAACAGUUAUUAUGAUUUAUCAGAACUCACACAGUAUUGUGGUGCUUCGGUGACGUCAGAUGGACAAUCACGUGAUAUCGCACAAUCCCAGAUCACCGUUCGGGUACCUCUAUAUGUGAGUUAUGUGUAUCGUGUACCAAGGAGCAGAGGAGACUGGGUCCAUUAUGACCAUGCCAUGUAUUUGCGCCUGUAUCUAACUUACGACACCGCUGUGCUGUUGAAUAAUGGCAUUCAAACUCCUGAGGGGGGCAUGUUUAAAGGAGACUUGUGGCCAACAGCCAUCUCUGUUCGCGAGGAAGAUAAGAAGCUGGUGGUGAAUUUCAACACCAGAACAAAGUUUCGAGGAACAUACCUGAUUAAAAAUCCUGGUACCCAAGCCAUGGCAGCUGUUAUGUCACGUGACCGCCCCCACCUGAGUUUCGGUUUGAGCCUGGUAUCAAGUGAACAAACGUUCGACUACCCCAAACAGACCUGGCGAUUUCAAUCCCAGUUUGCCUUACGAGAUUACACUGGUGUUUAUUUUAUCAAACUGAUUCCUUGUACAGUUGAUGAGGGAGUGAGUUACUCAGAACCGCCGACCUGCCAUCCACGUGAUCCGGUGACGUUCACUUUACCAAUCAGGUUCCAGCAGGUUCCUGACCCAGUCCCCGGGCAAUUUACUUUAAAUGCUCAGUUUCUGCUGCUGGCCAAUCGGGAUCAGUGGUUGGAUGGAGACGUUAAUGGGAUGAAGGAUUUAAACGUGGAUGCUGCCUUCUCCAGAGAUUCGAAAAUCUACGGUCGCAUCUCACUACUCGAAGCCAGAGGAUUCGGCAAGGGUAGGAAGGGGUAUGCUUUAGCGGCAGAGAAGGUGUACCUGUGUACAGGGGUCGGAGAGUUCGUUCCUACUUACGACCCACUGAAGAACAAAUUUGGAUGUAUGGCGCAGUCAUUGUACUUGGAGCAUCGGCUAAAAGUUCUGGACAGAGAAGAACCGGAUACAAUAGAUACUCAUCUCUCUAAUGUGCCUUUUAAAGCAAAAUUUGCUGAACAAGAAGUCCCAGCCACCAACUUCUCAGAAGACCCUGGAUCUGAUGGGUUUUUAAUGAACAGUGCUCCUUUGUUCGAGGUUCCCAGGAGCCGGAAGUGGUUCAUGCAUGCUAUCUAUUCCGUCACAUCCGGAGUUAACUCCAGACCUGCUCGAUCGAUUGGUCGUUCCACCGCUGACAGGAACGAAGUUACUUCCCAUAUCUUAUCAGAGGUAAAUAGCCGCUCGUUCAAGCUCUCGCAUCGCUUAUACCGCCGCGAUCUCGGUGAUAAUCGGCAAAUAGGAGAUCACGGGCAAGGGGCAAAUAUCAAGAUGAUACGGCUUAUAUCUGAACCAACGGAAACGGAAACAGCGCGAAAUACGUCAUCUGCGGAUCCGCCAAAAGAGGUUAAGGAGACAGAGUUAAACAGAGCUCACGAUACUAGCCUGGUGAAUCCAUUGGUUAUUGGCAUUGCGGUAGUUUGCCUUUUGCUUUUGGUCGCUUUGGUUGUUGUGGCUGUCUUUUUCAGACGCAAACUGCUGACUCAGCAAACCCAGAAUUCUUCAGCAGUUGAGUCAAGAUCGGAAGAAGUUACCAUCAUGCGGAGGAGGGGUGUGGCAGUGUGAAAAGCUGAAUUCUUACAAGCCAAGUGCAUUUCAUCCAGUCAUCGUUGUAUGUAUAUAAAACAGCUAUUAACGCGCUUCUGAAGCAACCGAAUUUUAACCUAAACGCAGUAAAAAGUUCGGCACCUAAAUUUACCUCUAUACUGUUUUAUAUUCACAUCUUUGAAUCAACGACAGAUCACGCAAGGAAAUCAUUUAGUGUCGUAAUACUAAUAUGAUAACUUAGCAACAGGUGACGGUGCUUAUUUCAAAAAAAAUAUUUUAACCGACUAACGAAGUCAGAGAUCGUGUUCAGAAGACAUCUGUUCCUCUGGCCUCUCUCUCUGGGUUUUCGUUGCUCCAUCCAAGGGUUAGCGCUUGGUCAACUGUUAAAAAUUCGCCUUGAUGGUUUAUCUGCCUAAUAUAAGUUCUUAAACAAGUUGGUGAGUGUUUUCUCUAUUGCCAAAGCAGCUCAUCGGAAAAUUUCAGAGUUGUGGCACCACUAUGGCAAUAAACGAUUCGAGAACGAGGUAUGAGGCGUUGGAAUAAAAGUUGUUAGAUAUUUAUUUUUCUUUUGAUACAACUUAAGUCCCGUAUCACAGUUAAUAGUUGAGUCAGAGAAGUGCACAGAAACAAAAUGUCAUGUCAUUCCCGUGCUUUUCUGAAGCAUUUUGAUCAAAAAUUGUAAGAUAAAAGAUUAACAAUUGAGGUACUAAUAUAAAGCAAGAGUUUUAUGAUUUUUUUCAUUUGUGACCUGCGCAUAACCUGAUUAUUGUAAACUGCAAGCUAGAGCUAAAAAAUAUGGGAAAAAAUGAACUUUUGUUCUCAUCAGCGAUGGAGAGGAAAAAUAAAGUGGAACAUGAUAAUAUAAAGGAUAAAAAAAUUUGGUGGAAAUGUAUUCUGACCACUAAAUUAAUGUUUGUUUAAUAUUUAUAUAGAUAGAAUUAGCUGUCUUUUCUUCUAUAUCUUUAUGAGAGUUAUUUAAUUAAUCGCUGGAUUCUAGGAGAGGAUUUUUAUCACGAGGCACAUUUUUACUUAUCAUGAUAUAUCUUUCACCGCGGCCUCGUUGUUUACGCCCAGGUCUACGCGGUCAUUUUAACAAGGUAUGGGGCUGGCUAGGAGCGGAAUGAGCUCUUGACUCGUUGAUUUCAUGUUAUGGUAGUUUCCAGAUGUUACUACAAGUUGUACAAAUAAACAAAUCUUUCACA